CAAGAGCUUCCUUGCUUCCUUUAAGCACAAAAACAUGGUUAAGAGGGAUCCUGACUCAGCUCCAGUGCCAUCCACUGUGGUUUGCAUCAACAGUGAUGUUAUCCAGCCGGAUCACAUUACCUGGUCUACAUUUAACACAGUGUUCAUGAAUGGCUGCUGCCUGGGUUUCAUUGCCUACAUCUACUCGGUGAAGUCCAGGGACCGGAAGAUGGUGGGCGACAUGACUGGGGCCCAAUCCCAUGCUUCAACCGCCAAGAUUCUGAACAUCCUUGCUCUGGUCAUCUCCCUCAUCUUCUACAUCAUGCUUAUCGUUUUAUACAGCUUUAACUUACUAGGUAACCAAAGAUAAUAGAACCACUAGUUAGGUACUAACUAGUUAGUUAGCUAAUUAUUAAUUAACUAAACUAGUACCGAAUUUAGUAUCUUUAGUACCUAUUAGAUACUAAGGGUGGGACUCCAUGCACUGUCAAAGUCAAUGGACUACUAAAUUCUUCCAUGCACUGUCUUCGUGAAGAAAGCAUUCAUGUGCUCUGCCCCUCAG